GGCCCCGCGGCGGCGUGGGCGGCAGUCGCGGCGCGGCAUGGACGGCGGGCGCUGCCUGGGCCCGGCGCUGCCGCCCUACGAGCCGCUCAAGGAGGGCCACGACAUGGAGGCGCUGUCGCGAGGCGUCACCGUGGUGCAGGUGGCGCCGCCCGAGCCGCCGCUCCGCGACCACCUCGCCUGGUCGCUCUGCAGCAGCCUCUACAUGAACUUCUGCUGCCUCGGCUUCAUGGCCCUCGUCUUCUCCAUCAAGUCCAGGGACCGCAAAGCCCUCGGCGACUACAGUGGGGCUCUCAGCUACAGCUCCACCGCCAAGUGCCUCAACAUCAUGGCCCUGCUGCUGAGCAGCUUGGUCUUCGUCCUCGUCGUCAUCCUCCUGGCCACGGGCACCAUCACGGUGGCGAGCUGGUACUGCCACAAGUAGAGCAAGCUCGGCUUCCUCGGCCACAUCCAGCCCCGCGCCGGCAGCCUGCGCUCGCCUUCCUCUCCACGCCGGCGGAGCAUCCUCUUUGGGCCCCUGCCAGCCCCAUCUCCCCGCGGCGGUCAGCCUGCGCCGGGCCUUGGCCCCUGGCCCGCUUCCCGCUCUGUCCGUCUGUCCUCCAGCUCGCCUCACUGGGGGGCACCCCCUCGCUGGCGGCAGACGGGCACCCGAGGAGCAGCGCUAUAGUGAUGGGGAGAAAAGCCUGCUUUUCUGCUUGCAGCUUGGCCGUGGUUUGUGUGUGUGUGUAGGGAGGUUGCAGAAGCACAAAGUGCCUGGAAGACUAGUCCUGAGGAGGAAAGGCGCCCUGUUCUGUGAAAAUGUGCUCUUCCAAUAAACAUUUAUUUCACA